AUGGCGGCCCGGGCGGGUUUCCAGUCAGUGGCUCCGAGCGGCGGCGGGGGCGGCGCGGCGGGGGCGGCGGGGGCGGGGCUGGGCCCGGGCGGGCCCCCGGGCGGCCCGGUGCGGAUGGGCCCGGCCCCCGGCCAGGGGCUUUACCGCUCCCCGCUGCCCGGCGCCGCUUAUCCGCGCCCCGGGAUGCUACCGGGCAGCCGCUUGACCCCCCAGGGGCCGUCCAUGGGCCCCCCCGGCUACGGCGGGAGCCCCUCGGUCCGGCCCGGCCUGGCCCAGACGGGGCUGGACCAGUCACGCAAGCGCCCGGCGCCGCAGCAGAUCCAACAGGUGCAGCAGCAGCAGCAGCAGGCGGCCGUGCAGAACCGCAACCACAAUGCAAAGAAGAAGAAGAUGGCUGACAAGAUUCUACCUCAGAGGAUCCGGGAGUUGGUCCCAGAGUCCCAGGCCUACAUGGACCUGUUGGCCUUCGAGCGCAAACUGGACCAGACCAUCAUGAGGAAACGGCUGGACAUCCAGGAGGCCCUGAAGCGGCCGAUCAAGCAAAAACGCAAGCUGCGCAUUUUCAUUUCCAACACCUUCAACCCGGCCAAGUCGGACGCGGAGGACGGGGAGGGGACCGUGGCCUCCUGGGAGCUGCGGGUGGAAGGACGGCUCCUGGAGGACUCGGCCCUGUCCAAGUACGACGCCACUAAGCAGAAGAGGAAAUUCUCCUCCUUCUUCAAGUCCCUGGUGAUCGAGCUGGACAAGGACCUGUACGGGCCCGACAACCACCUGGUGGAGUGGCACCGGACCGCCACCACGCAAGAGACGGACGGCUUCCAGGUGAAGAGGCCGGGGGACGUGAAUGUCCGCUGCACCGUGCUGCUCAUGCUCGAUUACCAGCCUCCCCAGUUCAAGCUGGACCCCCGCCUCGCCCGCCUGCUGGGCAUCCACACGCAGACCCGGCCCGUGAUCAUCCAGGCCCUAUGGCAGUACAUCAAGACCCACAAGCUCCAGGACCCCCACGAGAGGGAGUUUGUCAGCUGUGACAAGUAUCUGCAGCAGAUCUUCGAGUCGCAGCGGAUGAAGUUCUCAGAGAUCCCCCAGCGGCUUCAUGCCCUGCUCAUGCCCCCCGAGCCCAUCAUCAUCAACCACGUCAUCAGCGUUGACCCCAAUGACCAGAAGAAGACGGCCUGCUACGACAUCGACGUGGAAGUGGACGAUACGCUCAAGACGCAGAUGAACUCCUUCCUGCUGUCCACCGCCAGCCAGCAGGAGAUCGCCGCCUUGGACAACAAGAUUCACGAGACCAUCGAGACCAUCAACCAGCUGAAGACGCAGCGCGAGUUCAUGCUGAGUUUCGCCCGGGACCCCCAGGGCUUUAUCAACGACUGGCUCCAGUCUCAGUGCCGGGACCUCAAGGCCAUGACCGACGUGGUGGGCAACCCGGAGGAGGAGAGGCGAGCCGAAUUCUACUUCCAGCCGUGGGCACAGGAGGCCGUGUGUCGCUACUUCUACUCUAAGGUGCAGCAGAGGCGGCAGGAGCUGGAGCAGGCCCUCGGAAUCCGUAACACAUAGGGGCUCGCCGGCCCGGUCCCCCACCCCCCGCUACCCGGGAACCCCGGGGCCGGAGGCCGCCACCCCGACCCAAUGAGUUGCCUCGUUUCUGGGCCGCACGGCAGCUGUUAGCCCCUCGCCCUCGGUCCUUCGUUUCCCCCCCCCCCCCCCACCCCGUCCCUCGCUCUGCCUUGUCAGCCGCCAGACUCCCGCCUCCGGGCCUGCCCCGGUCCCGGUAGGACCCUCAUAGUGUUAGUGCCAGACCCCCGUGGUGGGAAUCUGAUGCGCACGGAGCCGGUUGGGGUCCGGGGGUCGGGGAUCGGGGUCCCCGACCGGUCCCAGCCGCAGCCGGCCCCCGGAGACGCCCGUAAGCUGGCAGUUCCCCACCCCUCCCCUUUCCUCCCUACUGAGACCCACCCACCUCGGGCACACUCCCCACCCUUUCCUCCGCAAGGCUCUGCCCAUACCUCGGACAUCCCAGCCCACGGGAAGGGUGACCCCAACUGACCUCCCGCACCCCUCUCCAAGGGUGCUGACGGGCUGCCAGGCCCGCUGCCCGGGGCCGAGUUGCGGGCCUCCCCACCCCCAGUCCCCCACCCCUACAAGCCCCCGGUGACCAGAUCCUGGGGCGUCCCCCCCACCCACUAGAGGCACCGGACCGAGCUGAGACCUAGGCGGGGGCGGCGGGGCCGGGCCGGCAGGCGACCCAGAGGUCCGCAGCGACCGGCCAGACACGGCCGCCGACUUCCCCCGCCUCUUCCUCUCCCCCCGCCACCCCCCCGGGCCUCCCGCUCCCCCUCCAGAGCCCCAGGAAGCCGGGGGCUGGGGAGGCCCACCCCCCCACACCGGGCGGGAAGGCUCGGGGCCCCGGCCAGUAGCUGUCGCAGAAUAACUGUUUUUACUACCGGAUACUGCAUUUUUUCAUGGACCAAAUUUUUUUUGUACUGUCCCCUACUAGUUGUCACCCGGUUUUAAUAAAAGCCUCUUCAGAAGGUUGGUCCGA